CUACUUGUGACUAACGCGCGCGUGUGGGAUAGUAAAGGUCCGCACCUGUGGGCUGUUGUGUGAACUUUAAUGUUUUUGUGUUGAUUUGCCACUGAAUGCACACAGGAUCUGCGCGGAAUAUAAGGGGUUUGGACGACGUCUUUGAAGCGGACUGUUCCCAGGGUCGCCUGCCUGCCGCUGUUUGUGAGCUGUAUGCGGACUGCGCACGCGGGUCCGCAGUGGCGCUGUUGUAAUUUCACGUCACAUCAAGUUUGAUCAGCGGUCCGAUUGGACGAUCCGCAGCGCUGUCCUGCAUUGAGAAGCUCUCUCGCUUGUUUGCUCGUCCUGUAGCCCGAAUGCACCUCUCCGGCAUCGCGUGAGGGAGUCGGUGCGCAUCUGGCGGAUUUUGUCGUCGGUCUGGAUGUUACUCGUAAGCUGAAGAUUUUUUUAGAGGUCGGCGACAAAAUGCGGCGGCGAGCGCACGCCAGCGUCCUGUUUCUGCCGUGGCUGGUGCUGCAAACCCAGGCAGGCUUUCCGAACCAGAUCAAUAUCGGUGGUCUCUUCAUGCGCUCCACGGUCCAGGAGCACAGCGCCUUCCGCUUCGCCGUUCAACUCUACAACACCAAUCAGAACAUCACCGAGAAGCCCUUUCAUCUGAAUUAUAACGUGGACAAUCUGGAGUCAUCCAAUAGCUUUUCAGUCACGCACGCGUUCUGUUCUCAGUUCUCCAGGGGUGUAUAUGCAAUAUUUGGAUUCUACGACAGGAGGUCAAUGAACACAUUAACGUCGUUCUGCGGCGCUCUGCACACCUCCUUCAUCACUCCGUCUUUUCCCACGGACACAGAUGUGCAGUUUGUCCUGCAGAUGAGGCCGAGCCUCCGAGGGGCGCUGCUCAGUUUGCUAGCCCAUUACAAAUGGGAGAAAUUUGUCUACCUUUAUGAUACUGAUAGAGGGUUUUCCAUCCUGCAGGCCAUCAUGGAAUCUGCGGUGAUGAAUAAUUGGCAGGUUACAGCACGAUCGGUGGGGAACAUAGUGGAUCCGCUGGAAUACCGGCGCAUUAUUGAAGAAAUGGAUCGUCGGCAGGAAAAGCGUUUCCUUAUCGACUGUGAGGUUGAACGUAUUAACAGUAUUCUAGAACAGGUGGUUGUCUCAGGAAAGAACGGUCGAGGAUAUCAUUACAUCCUGGCUAAUCUUGGAUUCUCUAACAUGAGUUUGGAUAAGGUGUUUUCCGGCGGAGCAAAUAUCACCGGAUUCCAAAUCAUAAGUCCUGAUAGCCCGAUGGUACAGCAGUUCCUUCAGCGCUGGGAGCGGCUCGACGAGAGAGAGUUCCCCGAGUCUAGAAACACUCCCCUGAAGUACACCUCUGCACUGACACACGAUGCCAUCCUGGUGAUAGCCGAAGCAUUUCGGUAUUUGAGACGUCAGCGUGUUGAUAUUUCUCGUCGAGGGAGUGCAGGCGAUUGCCUCGCCAACCCGGCUGUACCAUGGAGCCAAGGAAUCGACAUUGAGAGAGCUCUCAAAAUGGUUCAGGUUCAGGGUAUGACGGGAAAUAUUCAGUUCGACUCGUUUGGACGGCGAUUAAAUUACACCAUUGAUGUUUAUGAAAUGAAGCCGGGAGGAGCCAGAAAGAUUGGCUACUGGAAUGAAUAUGAGAAAUUUGUUUAUAUAGUGGAGCAGCAGGUUACCAACGAGUCCUCCUCUGUGGAAAACAGAACCAUUGUGGUCACUACUAUUAUGGAAGCUCCAUAUGUAAUGUACAAGAGGAAUUAUAUGCAGUUGGAAGGGAAUGAUCGCUAUGAGGGCUACUGUGUAGACUUGGCAUCAGAAAUCGCAAAGCAUGUGGGCAUAAGGUACAAACUGUCCAUUGUGGCUGAUGGGAAAUACGGAGCACGCGACCCUGAGACCAAGACCUGGAACGGCAUGGUGGGGGAGUUGGUAUAUGGGAGAGCCGAUAUAGCUGUGGCUCCUCUCACUAUAACCCUUGUCCGGGAGGAGGUGAUAGAUUUCUCCAAGCCCUUCAUGAGUCUGGGCAUUUCCAUCAUGAUCAAGAAACCCCAGAAGUCCAAGCCAGGAGUCUUCUCUUUCCUGGAUCCGCUGGCCUAUGAGAUCUGGAUGUGUAUUGUGUUUGCAUACAUCGGUGUGAGUGUGGUUCUCUUCCUGGUGAGUCGUUUCAGUCCAUAUGAAUGGCACCUGGAUGAGAAUGAAGAGGCGAAGGAUCCGCAGACGCCCCCCGACCCGCCCAACGACUUCGGCAUCUUUAACAGUCUCUGGUUCUCUCUUGGAGCUUUCAUGCAGCAAGGAUGCGAUAUCUCGCCAAGGUCUCUGUCUGGUCGUAUUGUUGGAGGUGUGUGGUGGUUCUUCACCCUGAUCAUCAUUUCAUCCUACACUGCAAAUCUGGCUGCUUUCCUGACUGUGGAAAGGAUGGUGUCUCCUAUAGAGAGUGCAGAAGACCUGGCCAAGCAGACUGAGAUCGCCUACGGUACACUCGACUCCGGUUCCACCAAAGAGUUCUUUAGGCGUUCAAAGAUCGCGGUCUAUGAGAAGAUGUGGUCUUACAUGAAGUCUGCCGAGCCGUCCGUGUUUGUUAAGACCACCCCCGACGGAGUGGCCCGCGUGCGCAAGUCGAAGGGGAAGUUUGCGUUCCUGCUCGAGUCCACGAUGAACGAAUACAUCGAGCAGAGAAAGCCGUGUGACACUAUGAAGGUGGGAGGGAACCUGGACUCCAAGGGCUACGGUGUGGCCACGCCCAAAGGGUCGGCAUUAAGAAGUGCUGUAAACCUGGCGGUGUUAAAGCUGAAUGAGCAGGGCCUGCUGGACAAGCUGAAAAAUAAAUGGUGGUACGACAAGGGAGAGUGCGGCAGCGGGGGAGGGGACUCGAAGGAUAAGACCAGCGCGCUGAGUCUCAGUAACGUGGCUGGCGUGUUUUAUAUCCUGGUGGGGGGUCUGGGUCUGGCCAUGACUGUGGCUCUUGUGGAGUUCUGCUAUAAGUCGCACCAUGAGACCAAAAGCCUCAAACUUGCCAAAAAUGCCCAGAACUUCAAACCAGCUCCUCCAUCCACCGCACAGAGUUUCACCACAUACAGAGAGGGCUAUAACGUCUACGGAACAGAGAGCGUCAAAAUAUAAUGAUUGGAAGCCUGUCCCUUGCUGAUCAUGUGGUAUCUGGAUAGACUGUCCUUCUCUUUGAGUCGACUGCGAUUCCCUUUAGAAAGUGGACAAGCACCCAACCAAAACUCAUCUCAUCAGAACACAUCUGACCACAACUUGAACCAAUAAUCACGCAACAGACUAUCGGAUGGACCAAACAGCCAGCCAGCCGCCCGACCGCCCUCUCUCAGUGCCUUACUGAACCAGUGGCAAAACAUCAGAUCAUGCAGACCAUCUCAUCAAAGUCCUGGAGAUGUUCUGCUGGGUGCUGGGUAUUAAACCAUAUUUCAAUGUAUUUUUAUUUUGAGAGGGAAAGAUGGAAAAGGAGGGAGAGAGAGAUAGACACACAGUGAUGAGAGUUAUGAUUUGGUUGAUAUCAAGAUCAGUGUUCACAGUGUCACAGUAAUGAGUGACAGUCAGCUUGUCUCCAUGACAACUCUCUCUAGAAGGAGUGUCUGCAGACAAACAUUUUAUGCAAAUUGUAUGACAUAUUUUUGAAGGAUUCAGCUUAUUCAUUUAAAGUUUGUGCUAUGAUUCUGUGUCCUCAUCAACAUAAUUGUUAUGAAUAAUGUAAAUAUUAAUUUCAGAUACAUUAUGGCAUCAGAGAAAUAAUGUCAAUAUUGUUUCCCUUCCACAAUUUGCAUUUUAUUAGAGUUCUAAUCAUAGCGUAUUUACUGUAGUGGGAGUGAGUGAGUGAGUGAGUGAGUGAGUGAGUGAGUGUGUGUGUGUGUGUGUGUGAGAGAGAGAGAGAGAGAGAGAGAGAGAAUAUUUCUCUCUGUUGUGUACUAUAAAACCCAACAAGAGUUUAAGAUUCUGAAUUUAUUUGCCAGAAUACUUUAUUAUGAAACAUAGGAAAUAAAUAGUGACAGCACAUUCAUUCAUAUAAGAUCAGCAGCAACAAAAACAACAACAACAAAUCAUAAUCAGUUUUGUUUGGAUCAGUUCUUUUUAAGGUCAGGCUUAGGAAACAACAAAAUGUUUAAUAGUUUGUAAUUAAGUUUUUGUUUUAAAAUACUUUAAUAAACUGCGAUUGUCACUGAGAUAAAAUAUGAAGUGUUAAACUGAUGUAAAAAGAAAAGAGAAAACACAGAUCUUUGAUUUUCUAAAUGCUGAUGAAGUGUGUUUAAAUUCUUAACAUUUGUUUAGAUGGUAAAAUGCGUAUUUAUUUUGAAGAUUUUCUAAAACUGACUUUAGUUUGAUUUCUAAGUGAACUUGCAUGUACAAUAAGGAUGAAAACAGCCUUUCCCUCAAUAAAGCAUCCUCUUCUUCUUAUGCCCCAGCUUCUGAUCCCCCUCACCUCCUCCUCCUCCAUGCCCUGUUAAUAAAUAAAUAAAAAAAAAAACAGAAUAGAAAAUUAUGAAAUGGUCAAGAUAGAUUCCUGAGGAAAAUCUGUCCCUUUGCAUGACUGCAUCCAACUCUUAAACAUUUAAGUAUAUUUUGUAAAUAAAGACAGAUUUAAGACAAA